AUGAACGACGAAAUCCCUUUGGGAGAGGCCGGAACUCCGGACCUGGAACAGAACGACGACGGUGGCCGGUUCUUAAUGAACCACACCGUCCAGCAUUACAGCUGGAAAGGGUUGACGGUCACGGUGAAGGAUCACGAGACCGGGAAAGCGCGCGACCUGAUCAACGACAUCAGCGGCGAUGUGCAGCAAGGCGAGCUUGUGGCGCUGAUGGGCCCUUCGGGCUGCGGAAAGACCACGCUGCUCAACGUUCUGGCUCGCCGGACCGCGGCCUCGCGAGCGAAAGUUCUUGGCGACACCUACGUGAACGGCAGCAAGAUUGACUCAAGUACUUUUGGGCGAAUUACCUCCUAUGUCGAGCAGGAAGACGCGCUGAUUGGGUCCCUCACGGUGCAGGAGACGUUGAAGUUUGCGGCUGAUCUGUCGUUGCCUAGCGACGUUGGACGUAGUACCAUAUCUAAGGGUAAACGCAUGGACCGUAUCCGAGCACUUCUGGAAGCCUUCGGUAUCCAGAACCAAGCGAAGACCCUGGUCGGAACUCCUAUUCGCAAGGGCAUUAGUGGUGGUCAGAAACGCCGGGUCAGCGUAGCCAGCCAGCUCAUUACCUGUCCGAAGAUUUUGUUCCUGGAUGAGCCGACCAGCGGCUUGGACUCGACGGCUAGUUAUGAGGUGAUGUCGUAUGCGAAGGAAGUGGCUCGGUCCAACAAUCUCCUCAUCAUUUCGAGUAUCCAUCAACCCUCGACAACGACCUUCGAACUGUUCGACAAGCUAUUUUUGCUCUCGGCAGGCAAGACAUGCUACUGCGGUCCUGUCGCGAAUAUUGGGAACCACUUCAAUAGCAUCGGGUUCCCAAUUCCCAUGAACACCAAUCCAGCGGAAUUCCUUCUCGAUAUUGUUAGCGCGGAUUUUGGAAAUUCUGGGGGAAGAGCAGCGGAACGGGUUGCGAAGAUUCAGUCUGCCUGGGCGAAGUCAGACGAGGCGAACAUGGUAACGAGGCAGGUGGAGGAACAAGCACGAUUGACCCGAAAAGCGCAUUUGUCCUCAGAAGACUUGUCUCGACCAGGGUCACUACGAAUCACCAGAGCCCUUCUCCAUCGCUCCUUCAUCAAAAGUUAUCGUGAUGUUGUCGCCUAUGGAAUCCGCAUUAUUAUGUAUCUUGGCUUGGCUAUCAUGAUGGGCACGGUGUGGCUGCGCCUUCACACGACCCAAGAUUAUAUCCAACCCUUUAUCAACGCUAUCUUCUUUGGUUCCGCCUUUAUGUCCUUCAUGGCCGUGGCAUAUGUGCCAGCAUUCCUCGAGGAUCGAGCAAAUUUUGUCAAAGAGCGAGCUAAUGGCCUCUAUGGAGCGACUCCAUUCGUGGUCUCAAACUUCAUCAUCGGCCUGCCUUUUCUAUUUCUGAUCUCGCUACUAUUCUCUAUCAUCUCAUACUGGCUGUCCAAUUUCACACCCACUGCUGAUGCCUUCUUCACUUGGGUUAUGUGGAUCUUUCUGGAUCUCGUCGCUGCCGAAUCGCUUGUCGUCUUUGUCACAGCCAUUUUUCCCAACUUCGUGAUAUCUCUCGCUCUCGUUGCCUUCGCAAACGGACUGUGGAUGAGCGUGGGCGGAUUCCUAGUAUCUUCGACGAUUCUGAAUGUAUUCUGGAAAUACGUGUUUCACUAUAUCGACUAUCAGGCCUAUGUGUUUCAGGGAAUGAUGGUCAAUGAGUUUUCCCGACGGACCUACUCGUGUGGCGCUGGGUGUCAUUGUAUGUACCAAACCGAUUUGGCCUCACAGUGCCAGAUUCGCGGAACUGGCGUUCUAAAGGAGUAUGGGUAUGCCACGGGGCGGACAGGCAAAUGUGCUGGCAUUCUGGUGGGUAUCAUCGCGGUGUAUCGGCUACUGGGUUGGAUUGCUCUCGUCUUGCGCAAGACUUGA